AUGAAGUUGGAUAUCAGGAAAACUAUGCCUGGUGACAGGUGGUACUAUGGGAAUUGGACGUGGAAUUGCCGAAGUUCUGGUGGCAGAGGGUGUCAACGUGCUUAUUAACGGACGGAACCCGAAGACCACACAGGAAGCUGUGGACUCAGUCAACAGAAUGGAUUUGGGACCAGGAAAAGUAGUUGGAG